AUGGCUCAGUUUUACCGAGCAGUCAACGGCAAUUACGACCCACUUUUUCUCUCGACUCCUCCCUCGACCAUUGCAUUCAUCUACAAGAACUUGGGCUGCUUGCACAGUCUGCAGCCCCUGGCCAAUUUUGGAGACCGCUAUGCUGAUCCUGUUGUACCCGCCCUCAAAGUCGAAGGGUAUAUCAUGUGGCAGACUGUGCAACUCCUGCUAGGCCCCGACGAACACUCGGAGUUCUUGAGACAAGCUGUGCAAAAGUGGGAUAUCAAAAAUCCAGAGACUGGCGUUGCGUUCCCAAAAAUCCUGCCGCGAUCAUGUUUUCCUGCACAUCCAGACAGCAGCAUGGUUGAAUGGUAUGAGGGCAUGAGCAGCCGCUUGCGCCGGGAAGCCGAAGAGCAGGAGCGCAUUCGAGUCCAACCCAUCGAGGACCGUCCAGACACACCAAACAACUCCAAGCAUCAUCGCAAAAUCAGCAGAUACUCGGAUAAUGCUCUGACUGAUGACGAGUCACCCCCAGACCACAAAAAUUUUGCCAUAGCCUACUUCCGGGACCCCCUCUUCAGGACCAUAGACGGCAGACCUGGUCUUGUGAGAAAUGGCAGUCGUCGCAGGCCGCCACUCAGUCCUCGUGACUCGUUUGUGCACAGGAGCAAGACUGUCGCAUCGACAUUUGGCAAUGUUAUCAAGCAUGUGGGCAGUCCGCACCUGUGGGAUGGUCACGCAGCUACCAAGGAAAAGGAAAAAGACCGCGAUCACCGCCGGCGCAAGAGUUUGCCUGACAAGCAUCACUAUCAAGAUCUCGACAGUGAUGGCGAUCAUGUUAGACAGUACAGCCGUCGGGGAUCUGUUCAAGACUCACCGCCCGAACACCAUCACCGUCAAUCUCACCACCAUGAAACUUCAAGCCUGCGGCCGAGUCCAACGUACCACGAUCCCAACAUACGGCAUCGACGACCCCACGGUCCAACUAGUCCACGCGAAUACUUUCCNCCNGUUAAUGACGAAAAUGACAUGCGACGAUCCAGUUCGGCCACUCAUCUCAAACCUCGCUCGACGAGUCCGCAAAAGUCGGGCUUCAUGCCUUCGGUAUCGCCACUUUUUGCCACGCACGUUGCGCGAGAAGGACAUCGACCCUCUUCUCGCUCUCGACAAUCCUCGGCGCGUAGUCCUGAGCGGCCUGAGCUAGCAAGGCAACCUGGGGAUGGAGGAAGCGGCAGCGAGGUCGGGAGUAACAGAGGAGGAAAUAGAGGCACUCGACCAAAGGUGGCGAGAUUUCAGGAUUCGCCGGUUGGAGGGCUGGGUGGGAGGAAGUAUCCAGUCGAGUCUGCAUAUAGGUAG